CACCGUAGACCGUUCGUCUACGGAAUCAUUUGCGGUGCUGACAGAGAUAAUAUACUUCUAAUUUGCUCAUAAAACUACUCAGAUUUGUGCAUUUUAUUACGAAUUCUUGUGUUUAGUCGGAGAGAUAUUAUCGUUUUCCAAGAUGAAGAUUGUGGUAUUUAUUGCGGUUUCGUUUAUUGCCAUCGGAGCUGGAGUAUCGGGACAGACUCAAACUACGGAUACUUUUCGCCUGUUCACGAACCUGUUUGCCAACUACUCUAAAGAUAUCCGACCUGUUGAGCGAGCCUCACAAAGUAUCAACGUUCUCUAUGGAAUGGCCAUCAGGCAGAUCAUCGACAUGGAUGAACGGAAUCAAAUCAUUACUACUAAUGUGUGGCUAAGACAGGGCUGGAGCGAUCCCAAUCUGAAAUGGAACCCCGAUGAUUACGGCGGAAUUACCAAGAUCACCAUCCCUUCUUCCAACAUCUGGAAACCAGACAUCCUUCUCUACAACAACGCAGACAGCUCUUUUAAGGGAGCCAUGAAGACCAACGCCGCCGUUUCCAACGAUGGCAUCGUCACCUGGUUCGCUCCGGCUAUCUUCCGCAGCUCCUGCAAGAUCAACAUCAACUACUUCCCCUUCGACAAGCAGGAGUGCACCCUGCAGUUCGGAUCCUGGGCCUACACCACGGAGCACCUGAAUCUCCUGAACCGCUCGGCCUCGGGGGACACUGGCAAUUUUCUCGUCAACGGCGAAUGGAAAUUGGAAGAUUUCCCCGUGAUCCGGACCCUGCACCAAUAUGGCUGCUGCAAGUACCCGUUCUCCGUACUAGAUUUCGUGCUCAUUAUCAGGAGAAGGCCGUUGUUCUACGUCAUCAACAUGCUGGUGCCUUGUAUCUUGGUGUCUGCCCUGACUCUCCUCACCUUCUAUCUGCCAGCUGACACCGGGGAGAAGUUCACCCUCUGCAUCACCAUCCUCCUGUCUCUCACUGUCUUCCUCCUCCUGGCCGCGGAGACGAUGCCGCCAACAUCCGAAGUGGUGCCCCUCAUUGCCCAGUAUUACAUCACCACUAUGGUCCUCGUGUCCGCUUCAACUGUCCUCACGGCAAUCGUGCUCUACAUACACCACCGCGGGACGUACGUGGGUAGGGCACCCUCUUGGUUCCGACGAUUCACACUCGAUUACCUGGCCAAGUUCAUGUGCAUGGGUGACUGUCAUAAUCCGGAUGUCGAAGAUAAGAUCCCCAAAAUCAACUUCGAGAACGCUUCAGGAAGUAGUGGCUCAUCCACCGAGGUCGUUGAAGCCGGUCUUCAUAGCAACGAGAUGCUCCUCGAACUCGAUGUCGCGAACCUGCCGACAUCGCAAUCGAGCACGUGCGUUCAGCUUGAUCGCCGUGGACGUAUCCGCUUUAUCAUGUCCCAGAUCGCCUCCUGUCUUCAGCAAGUCGUCGAACAUUCAGAAGACGCCAUCAUCGAUGAAGAGAUCAAGGGAGAAUGGAUGCGGAUCGCGUUCGUGGUCGAUCGCUUCUUCAUGUGGUUGUUCGGUCUCAGCACCGCCGUGGCUACGUGCGGUGUUUUGCUUCAGGUUAAGGAAUAAUGUUCACCCAUCUCUCUCUCUCUCUCUCUCUCUCUCUCUCUCUAUCUAUCUAUCUAUCUAUCUCUUCAUUUUAAAUAUAGAGAUUGCAAAAUGUAAUAGUCUUGUAAGGAUUUCAAGAAAAUUCCAAUGACAAUUCUUUCUUCUUUUAAUAAUAGGCCAAAGAGAAAUAAGGUUUACUCUCAUCGUGUUACUACUUUCUUCUAAUCUGCUUAAAGUUGAAUUGAUCUGUGCCUAUACAAUUUCCAUCAUUUUACUUAAUAUUCAUUCUUUAUGAUUUCAAAAUGCUACAUCAUGUUCAAAUUCAUAUAAUACACCUUUAUUUCUUAGUUAUAUGGUGGAUAUACUCUACAUAUAAUACAUUUCAUUAACUUGAUUUUUUUUCAUGGUAAUAUGAUGUUUUUAAAGGACAUAGAUUUUGAGAAAAUGUUUUUUGUAUUGUUUGAAAAAACGGGUCUUAUAAAUAUGAUGAUAUGUAUCCUUUUUCUAAUGAUUCGUAUCACUUUACGGGUGUAGUAUUAUUCUUACUGAAAAAUAAUACUAAUUGUUAAUCACAAUUCUCGGCACUUUUGAGAAUUUUUACCGUUAGUUCUAGGGCAAGUCAUGAGGAAAAAAUCAACUACAUAUUUAGAUAGAUAUUUAUUUAUUUCGUCCACAAUGUGGAAAUAUGCUUCCCACCAGCGUUGCAAUAACAGAAGAAACAGAGUAAAAUAAUAUGAAACAUGCAAAACUACAAGACCAUGUCAAUUUUCAACAUGUUAAAAAGUAUCUGUUAGUAUAAUGUUACACAUCUUUAUGAACUU